AACAGUGAAUCAGUCAGAUCAGAAGUCCCCGUUCCGCUCUCAAAAGGAAAGGUUAGCGGAAUUUAAAUCCCAUAUCCUUUUGUGACAGCGAGCUGUUUAACUGUAUAUGCAAGCCAGACUGUUCUGUAGAAUGGCCCCAGUGGUGAAGACGUUUGACUAUCUGGUGAUCGGCGGAGGGUCCGGUGGCUUGGCGAGUGCUCGUCGGGCGGCCGAGUUCGGGGCCCGGGCGGCGGUUAUCGAGCAAGGACCGUGGGGCGGCACUUGUGUCAAUGUGGGAUGCGUCCCCAAAAAGAUCAUGUUCAAUUGUGCCAUGCAUGCUGAGAGUUUGCAUCUUCUUAAAAGUAAUGGAUUUGAUGUGGAAGUCAAGGGUGGCUUCAACUGGGGACAGGUGAAGAAAGCUCGGGAUGCAUACAUACACAGACUCAACGACAUUUACGCCAGAAAUCUGGACAAGGGGAAUAUAGAGAAAAUCAUCGGGCACGCUACGUUGACUGAAGAUAGAUGUGUGGAGGUUAAUGGUCAAAAGUAUACAGCCCCUCAUAUAUUAAUAGCCACAGGGGGGAAACCUGUCUUCCCGGAUGUACCAGGUGCAGAACAUGGUAUAUCUAGUGAUGGCUUUUUUGAGUUGGAAGAACUUCCCAAGAAGGUUGUUGUUGUUGGUGCAGGCUAUAUAGCAGUGGAGUUGGCUGGGAUCUUCAACUCCCUCGGUUCAGACACCAGUAUUCUCAUCAGAUGUGACAAGGUGUUAAGGACAUUUGAUAGUAUGAUCAGUGCAGUGGUGACGGAAGAGAUGGAAGCUGAGGGUGUCAAAGUGUGUAGAUCUACUCAGGUGCAGUCCGUGAAGAAGGAAUCAGACGGAACCUUAACUAUUCAGACCAGCACAGGUGUGCGCACAGGCGUGGACUGUCUUCUCUGGGCUGUGGGGCGCAAGCCAAACACAGACAACCUGGGACUGGAGAAACUGGACAUAAAGCUGGACUCUGGUGGUCACAUCGUUGUAGAUGAAUAUCAGAACACGUCAGCCAGUAAGAUCUACGCUCUCGGAGAUGUCUGCGGGAAAUUCCUGCUGACACCAGUGGCCAUUGCAGCAGGCAGACGUCUUUCACAUCGUGUCUUCAACAAGCAGAAUGAUCUCAAGUUAGACUACUCUAAUAUUCCCACUGUCGUCUUCUCUCACCCGCCUACUGGUACAGUGGGACUCACCCAAGAGGAAGCCGAGAAGCAGUAUUCCCCUGAUCGGGUUAGAGUCUACAAAACGACCUUCACCCCUAUGUUUUACGCUCUGUCGGACAAGAAGGCCAAAUGUCACAUGAAGCUGGUGUGUUUGAGACCCGAUGAAAAGGUUCUUGGAGUUCACAUGGUUGGUUUGGCUGUUGAUGAAAUGCUUCAGGGGUUCUCUGUGGCCGUCAAAAUGGGGGCGACCAAAGCUCAGUUCGAUGAAACGGUUGCCAUUCAUCCCACAUCUUCAGAAGAGUUGGUUACCAUGAGAUAGUAAAGGACCAUCUCGAAUUAACAUUCAUUGUUAAGUUAACUCUCGGGCGCAUGCUUACAAGUACUGUAGAUCAACAUACUACAUGUACUACCAACCUUUUCUGCCAAUGACAAUUAAAACAUGAAGUUAACCUCUCAUUUGUGUAAAUUCUUACAUUUGAAUGUAAAAUUUGAAGACUACCGUGAUAGCUAACCCUAUAGCUAAGCCACAUAGUAUAUAAUAUUAAUCCCCAAGCUUUUUAUUAAUUUUACUUGAAGAUUUGUAUUUUACAUCACUGUAAACAUUAGAAUGCAGGAGUUGGUAUUCAGCCAAGAAAUGUGUGUAUACAUCCAAGCUUUAUGUUAUAUGUUGAGUCACUGUAGAGUUAUAUGCGGGAUUGAGGUGCACUUUGUUAUUGCUGAUAAUACUUAGGCUGACAAGGAACAGAAAUUAUUUCCCUGUCACAAUAGAAACAUGAUAUGGUUUAAAGAUAAUAAUCCACAACGUGAUAAUUUCUAAAUUAUCGUUGUAUCAUGUUGAGGUGGAUUAUAUAUUUGUCUUCAUUACUCUGAAAAUAAAUUCUAGCUAAAAUUCAAGCCAAACUAUGUUUUUCAGCACAUUUUCCACAGUGUUUUUUCAAAAAGAUAAGAUUUUUCCAAAGAAAUAUAUAUUCUGAAAAAGAUAGGAACACAUACAUGUACAGGUAGGAUAGAUUUAGUAACCACUUUAUUUGAAGACGGCUAGGUAUGAAUAUUUAUUGUGAAAGUAUCCCAUUAUUUAAUACAUUUUUUAAUGAAUUAAUGAGUCUUUACAUUUAGGUAGCAAAAUGUUGGAUCUAGGUAUCAAAGAGGCCUGUACAUGUAAGACCUAACUACCAAAAUGAAUGUUCUGGGUCAGUAAAUUUCCAAAACUUUUUUUUGGAGUGUUUUUGUGGUUAAGAUAUGAACACCAUAUGGCUAUGAUGAACACCAUGUUGCUAUGAUGAACACCAUGUAGUUUAGCUAAAUACCAUGUGGUUAAGAUCAAUACCAUGUAGUUAAGAUGAAUACCAUGCGGUUAUGGUGAAUACCAUGUGGUUAUGAUGAAUACCAUGCGGUUAUGGUGAAUACCGUGUAGUUGAGCUGAAUACCAUGUGGUUAUGGUGAAUACCACGCGGUUAUGGUGAAUACCAUGUUGUUAAGAUGAAUACCAUGCGGUUAUGGUGAAUACCAUGUGGUAAUGAUGAAUACCAUGUGGUUAUGGUGAAUACCAUGUAGGUGAGCUGAAUACCAUGCGGUUAUGGUGAAUACCAUUUGGUUAUGGUGAAUACCAUGUGGUAAUGAUGAAUACCAUGUGGUUAUGGUGAAUACCAUGUAGUUGAAAUGAAUACCAUGUGGUUAUGAUGAAUGCCAUGUGGUUAUGGUGAAUACCAUGUGGUAAUCAUGAAUACCAUGUGGUUAUGGUGAAUACCAUGUAGUUGAGCUGAAUAUGAUGUGGUUAUGGUGAAUACCAUGUGGUUAUGGUGAAUGCUAUGUAGUUAAGAUGAAUACCAUGUGGUAGUGAUGAAUACCAUGCGGUUAUCAUGAAUACCGUGUAGUUAUAAUGAAUACAUGUACCUUUAGCAGACGUGGGUGAAUAUAUCUGGAACAGGUUUAGAAAGCAGUUUUUCUUAUAUCCCAAGGAAAGUAAAACUUAUACUCGUUUAUAGACACAUAUAGUUCACUGAUUAUAUGCUUUUAUUUUUAUUUUAAGUUUUAUUUUAUUUCAUGGAGAAAAAAGUGUUUUGUUUAAACCGUCUCAUAAUAAUAUUAAAAUAAAAGAUGUUACGGUGUAAAACAAUA